AUGGGUCUGGCAGAGAUCGAAGGAACACUGCUAGGAACGUUGGCCUCGUCCGCUCCGGCCAUUCACGCCUCGCGACCCGUCGGGAAACCGCGACGCGUGAGUGACCUCCACGACCGCUGUCUCCUCGUCACAAGCGAACCGCGUUGCUCCAUCGGGGAUCGAGGAGGGAAGCAGUCGCAAUCGGGCCUGCUGUCGUCGCUACUAAAACCAGAUGUUGCUGAGGAUCAGGAUGCAUUCAAGGACGUGCUGUACUGGAUGCGCCAGGUGCUUGCGGUGCUCUUUGGCGUCGUGUGGGGCAUUGCGCCCAUCACAGGCGGCAUUGGCAUCAUCGGCUUCUUGGUGUUGAGCACGGCGGUGAUGAUGGGGUACUACACGCUCGUGGUGAAGGUGGACGCGGAGGAGCUGGGCGGCCACGGGACACUGCUGCAGGAGGGCCUCCUCAACUCCUUCGGCGUCUUCCUGGUCAGUCUCGUCUCAUCCGCCCCCAUGCUGCUCAACUCAGGCACCCUUUUCUGA